GGGCAGGCGCGGCCGCCCCCUCCAGCUCCGGACAGCGCGGGGCCGCGCGGCCGCCCCGAGAGAUGUUCAACCGCGCCGUGAGCCGCCUCAGCAGGAAGCGCCCGCCGUCAGAGAUAAACGACAGCGAGGGUCACCCAAGCAGCAGCCGCCAGAGCUUGAAAGGAACCUCAGAAUGGGCUACAUCACUGGAGAACCUCCUUGAAGAUCCAGAAGGAGUUAAACGAUUUAGGGAGUUCUUAAAGAAAGAAUUCAGCGAAGAAAAUGUUUUGUUCUGGUUAGCAUGUGAAGAAUUUAAGAAAACACAGGGAAAAAAACAGAUGCGAGAAAAAGCUAAAGAAAUAUACAUGACUUUCCUGUCAAAUAAAGCUUCAUCCCAAGUCAAUGUUGAAGGGCAGUCGCGUCUGAAUGAGACAAUUUUGGAGACACCUCACCCUCUAAUGUUUCAGAAGCUGCAGGAUCAGAUAUUCAAUCUCAUGAAAUACGACAGCUACAGCCGCUUCUUAAAGUCAGACAUAUUCCUAAACCAUAAGAAGUCUGAGGAGCAAGAGGAGAAUUCGUCAGAAGCUCAGACUGCAGCUAAAAGAGCAUCAAGAAUUUACAACACAUGAUACAAUGGAUCUCAUUAGGAGAGGCAAUAUAAUAAUUAAAUUACACUCAGGAACAGUCUAGGUUUAUAGCAGUUACAUUUAGGGCUUGCAAAGUUCAAAACCUUUUUAGGAGAUACUUACCUUCUUAAUUGCUUGAAUGACUAAUUGUUUUUGCAAGACAGCAAGUAACCAAGCACCUAUCGAAAGACUGUUCCCUAGCUAAAAGGCUGAGCUAUUCCUCCAUAGUAUGAAUUGCAUUUAAUAUUUCAUAAGUUGAGCUUUCAAUUUUUUUUUUUUUGUGGGGCAUCGUGAUGCAAAGAAAUGGGAGAUAGGAGGUUUUGUCAUCCAUAUGAGGUUUUUGUUGUUGUUGUUUUUAAAUGCUUGCCUUCUGGUUUUUAUUUCUGCCUGGCUUUUAACUUUCCAUGUUGUUGGGAGCAGCUGUUGAGGAGUAUGUUUUUAGUUAUUUUGUGGAUGAAUCAUUCAUAGGAAACCAAAAUUGAGGGACAGCACCUUUCAGGGUUAGGAUCAAUAGAAUCGGGUCUUACUCCUCUCUUAGAAUGUCACUUUUUCUUUCAAGGUGAUAGAUGGUUUGCUUUGCCUUUACUUAUGAUUCAAAACAUUUGCCUGGUCGUGAUUUUCAUUUCUGUUUUUCUUAAAUUUCUACGCAAGGUUUUUGCUGUAGACAAUCACCUUCUUCACAGAAUGGAACCUAUUCUACCUUUGGAACCAAAGUUCUUAAAUAGGUUCUCAAAGUUCUUAAAUCUUAAUAGGAAUCCCUGAGGAACUCCUAACAGCCACUGGGAAAUUUGACAGUUGAAAUCCCACCUUAGGGUAUGCUCAGUUCAGCACGUCCUGCAUGUCAGCUCAGUUGUCCGUCACUUCAGCAUCAGGUGCCAGUACUAGAAAGCAGGUGUUUUUUCCUAGGCCACCUCAGUCCUGCAGUGUGUGGCAAGAGUCAUUCUUCAGAGGGCCAGCCAACGAAGUCUGACUUGGUUUUAUUAAAAUCUUUCUACUAAAAGUCAACUUGCCAGUGUUACUAAAUUGCAGGUACAGAUGGAAAAGCAGAAAUAGCUACAAGCUUUAUUUAUGAGUUUCAGUGUGUAGACUAUCUCUGUUUCACUUUCAUUAUUUACUCUUUCAUUUUUUGCACUGCUGUUCCUGAUCUUCUGUUUAUGUGUUGGCUAGUCAGAUUGCAGUUAGGUUUUGAUAUAGCUUUGUGUUAUUUUUCCCCAGGAAGAUCACGUAUGUCAUACAUUGCUGUCACUAUCAGUGUUUUUAAAACUAGGUUUGGGCUGUAGAUUUUGAUGAUACAGAUUCUUUUAGUGGACUUGAUUAUGACUUUGCUUAACUCUGAUCCAUUCCUGAAGGUUAUGUGUAAAGAAAAUGGUUUCUGUGCAUUUGUGUCAUAUUUAAGAGCAGGAAUGGGACUUCUGAUUCUUCUCUCAGAGCUAAAUGGCCUGUUCAUUCUUAGGAAAUUAAAUUUUAAAAAGGAAAUGAUGGAACUCCCCCCAGAUGCACAUUCAAAGAUGAAAAUCCACUCAUUGCAUAAAAAUUACCUUUUAUGCUCCCAGAGGAUUUAAAAGUGAAGUCAUACUCUUGCUUCAGGCACUUUCAGUGUUGUCUGUCCUCAUACUUAAUUUGUAUUUUAAAGUUUUUCUGAAUAGGAAUGAAGUAAUUAUGUGCAUGAAUCCUUUUGUUUUAGUGCGGCCUAGGAACUGCAACUGUCCAGUUCUGGACUUGCCAACUAUUUGUAAUCUCAGGCUCACCUCUUCUGAAAAUUUAUUAUCACAGUGAAUUCUUAACCCCUUCCACUGCAAGGGAUGGAACUUCAGAUACAAUUAAGUCUUUGGGAGCGAGCCACUUGAACACAUUUAGGGGCUGAGAUGUGUCUCUUCCCAGUAAUUAUGGCAGAAGUCUUUGUGAUGUAGAAAAAUGUAGGGUGGGGGCCUUCAUGGGGAAAGUGCAGAAUGAAUUCUUACUACAUUCAUCAGAGGGAUGUGCAGUAGAUUCAUUUUUAAUCAUAUUGAUUUUUAAAAAUGCACAGUUAACAGAGAAAAGUGUUUGACUACCAAGUUUUAAAAUAAUAAUAAUAAAUUAAAGCAAUGGUAGGGCAUUAAGAGAACAUACCUGUUUGUAACUGUUCAUAAAUGACUCUUUCCUUGGCAAUAUGUUCCCUUUCAGGUACUGUAUUAUUUGUUUGGUAACAGCAAAUGCCUCGUGGGAGCAGACACAAAGGUGCUCUACUCUGCUACCAGCCCAAAGCUACGCAAAUAUGAGUGAGUUUUUUCAGCAGCACUUCAAUGCCUGUGAUGUUUUGAAGAUAAUAUACCUAAAUCCACAAAAUUCUUAAUUAAUUCUUAAUUCUUAAUUCUUGUAUUUCUCUUUUGCCUCAGCACUGAAAAGUUUGUUGCCUUAUUGUCUGUGUUUACAAGAUUUGUGACGUUCCAUUGUAUUUUUUUGUUUUAGUUAAAGAAAAAGCAACUAGACUUGCAAGAUGCAGAAAUCAAAUUUGUACUGAUUAGAUGGACUAUAUUUCUCAUUAAGAGAACAAAUGAAGAAAAACAGUGCAAGCAGAUAUCUGUAAUUGCAGCAUGUAUGUACAUGGAGAAUGUUAUUGGCUUCUGAUGAUAUAAUCACUGAUCCAACUUUGUGAAAUAUAUAUAUUUUUCUCAAGGAGACAUAUAACAAAAGAAAAGCUUCACUAUGAGUAAAUCCUGUGUUCCAGUAAUAACUGUAAACUUUGUGUUGAACCUCAUGCUGUGAGUAUUGAUUACUGCUUUAUUUAGAGGUCAAAGACAGGAAAGGUCUAUUCCUUUUCAUAGAAUUUACGCUGAAGAUGUAAGCAGAAAAAGCAAGUAAGAGAAGUUUCAUACCUGAUCACAUGCCUAAAACUCUACCCUAAUGUGUGUUUCUCUGCUGAAAAUUAAAAUAUUCUACUAAAUAUUACUAAA